CCCCAGAGGCACCUUUCCCGCCAAAUCCCUGCGUAAACCCUAGACAGAGAAACCGCGAGCGAGACGGAGAGAGAGAGCGAGAGCGCGAGCGAUGGAGGAGGAAAUCAAAGCGAAGCUGAACGAGAGCGGCUUCACGCUGGACGAAGCAGAAGAAGAGGAGGUACUCCGCAAAUGCCUCGCGUUCUGCAUCAACUACAAGCUCGGUCCCUCGGAUCUCGUAUCGAACUGGGAGUUGUACUACCUCAACAGGCAACUGAACGAGUCCACGGUGCAGGAUGCGGAAAUGGACGGGUUCUUGCUUCACCUGCAAAAUAAGGUCAAAGAGGCGGUCAUCAAGGAGGAGCCGAAUUUGCACGUUUACUCGAGUAAAGACGUGGACAUGAUUUUGAAUAAUGAAGAUGAAUAUUCGAAAGAAGAUGACAUCGGCACUCCGACACAUAGAUCCAAUCUCUCUCCAGAGCAGUCUGAUCUGAUGCAUCAAACAAGUGGGAAGGCUUAUUCUUCUGGGAAAGCAUCAACACUUAUCACGCCUUUUGGGCAACGAACGGAAAAGUUUGCUGUGAGAUUCAGCAUUAAUCAGCAGUCGGGAGGAGAGAAUGGGAAAAUGGAACACGAUAUUGAGAGUUCGGAGGAUGAUUUUAUCAAGAAAGUACAACCUCACAAGAGAUGUUCCUUGGCGAUUAAUGUAACAAAGCCGGAACCUGGGUGCAGAUUUAUGUAUGAUAGAACUGAAGACAGAUUUAACGCGCUUGAAAACCGUAUUAAAAGACAUGAAAGUGCUCUUGUUGCUUCUGGCCUCUAUGAGGAACCAGUAGACCCUACUCUUGCUUCACAGAAAAGCAUAUUUUCUGUUGGUAUGAUCUGUUGCGACGGAGAAGGCCACUUGAAUGAUAAGUCCAUCCUGUUGCAAAGCAGUGUUGAACACUCCAGCGGGCAAUGUGUCCGCCUGGACCUACAGAGAUUGAGCCAGUUUUCUAUUUUCCCAGGCCAGAUAGUAGGAGUUGAAGGCAACAAUCCUAGCGGACACUGUCUAAUUGCAUCCAAAAUUAUAGAAUCUGUCCCCGUGAAUGCUUUGGCUGAUGUGAUUCCUCCUCCAGCAAAGAAGCAAGCUCUGGAACAGGAAACCGUUUCCACUGGUCCAGCUUCGUCAUCCCAAGAGCUCUCUGUGAUUAUUGCAGCAGGUCCUUUUACUACAACAGACAAUUUGUUCUUUGAGCCUCUGACCGAGCUGCUUGCAUAUGCAAGAAGAAAGAUGCCUCAGUUGCUUGUACUGCUCGGGCCAUUUGUUGAUUCGGAACACCCCGAGGUUAGGAGAGGAAGUAUUGACAUGACCUUUGACGACAUAUUUCACCAGGAAAUCCUAGGAAAGUUGCAGGAUUACGUGGAGUAUCUGGGUGAUGCUGCUCGUGUAGUUCUUGUGCCAUCCAUUAGGGAUGCUAACCAUGACUUUGUUUUCCCUCAGCCUGGCUUUGAUAUUUCGCCUUUAGGUCUCAAGCAUCAGAUCACCAGUCUUACAAAUCCAGGGAUUUUCGAAGCAAAUGAGGUCACGAUAGGGUGUUGCACUGUGGACAUCCUGAAACAGCUUAGUGGAGAGGAGAUGUCACGAAAUCCAAAAGAUGGCAUACCAAGUGAUCGAAUGAGCAGACUAGCAUACCAUAUUCUUAGUCAGCGCAGCUUCUAUCCUCUAUAUCCACCAGCAGAAGGCAUUCCUUUGGAUCUUUCACUUGCUCCUGAAGCCCUUCAUUUCUCUUUGGUUCCAGAUGUUCUCAUCCUUCCUUCGGACAUGAAGUACUUUGUAAAGGUGGUGCCUCUGGGUGGAAGAAUCGAAGGAGAACCACAGGCAAAGUGCAUUUGCAUAAAUCCAGGAAGAUUAGCAAAGGGCGAAGGUGGAGGGACAUUUGUGGAGCUCAAUUACCAAGGAACUCCCGACAGAGCAAGUGCUUCUAUCAUCGGGAUUUAAUUUUCUGAUCAGAACUGUUGCUUUUAACACAACUCAAAGAUCGUAGAAGAGGAAGCUGCAGGUGUAAGCAUGGUAAAUUUAUGGCUUGAAAUAUGCCCCUCCGGUGAGCAUGGGCUUUCUGAACUUCUUCAACUUGCGCGGUAGAGGUGUGUAUCAGGAAAUUUGGAACGGAAUCCAGCGCUAGAGCAGAAGAAGAGAGAGAGAGCAAUUGGAUGGACGUGGGCAUACAGACGUACCAGGUUGGUUCACAUGUCAGAGUUGAUGCUAAUCUUAUGUAGCUUGUAACAAUAACUGUCUUUUAAAUCCUGAUGAUUACUGCAAGUUCGUUUUCUA